UAUGUUUUAUAAGUGUUACUGCUAUAUUUCGUUUCUUUUCAUUUUCUGUGUAUUUUCAUUAUUAUUACCGUUGAGUGCCACCAGAGGGCGCUAUAGUGUAAGUGAGCUUUGUAAGAAGAAGUAGAGGUUAAUUUCCUCGGAAGAAGCGAUCUCUCGAGAGAUCGAAAGAUGCGUGACUGAAGCGUGGUCACAAAGCUAAGUUGUUAAGAAAGAUAAGAAACAAUAAGAAGAAGAAGACGACUGAAACUAAUUCCUCUCUCGGUACUCAGCCAACGAGUUUUCACGGUGUGUUUAUGAGUCUGAACAAGCUGGAUUCAAUAAAUUCAUCAGUUGAGAAAGCCACUUGUGUCUGUUGGUACCUGGAGGAGUUACAGUGAAAACUCGACUGAUCUGCGCGAGUGGAGGCGAGGCGGCAUGAUCAGAUGAGCAGCAGUCUUGCCACAGCGUGAUCGGCACGUGCACGGAGCGGGCGCGCGCACGAGACCAAAGCGGGAUUUGAAGACCAACACUUUAAGAUAAGGCCAUAAGAAAUGCGGACAUUCAUAAGUUAAGAGUUUGUCUGAAAAAAGGAAAACAAAACGCAAGUUUAAGGUUGAUUAAUCAAACUGUGAUUUAAAGUAACGUUUUGCUAUUCCUAAUUUUGUUUAUUAAGCCACAUUGUAAGGUCUAAAGCACUUAAGUUUAAGCAUCAGUAGGCUACAUUUGUUUUACACUGGCCUAUUUGUGCCAAGAAUGAGAAAUGUGUUUCAUGUGAACAGUUUAAAUGUGAAUAACUCUUAUUUGAAUACGUUUUUGGUAUAUUUAAGUUGAAAGGGUUAAGUUACUUUCACAUUACUGUAUAAAGAUUCAGUAUUACAUUUUUAUUUUAUUCUGCCUUUAUAUUUCAAAUGUCGACUGUCUAGGGGUGACUUUUAGUUUACAUAAACAUUUUUGCUGUUUAGUGACAAGUGACAGACGUUAAAAUGACUGAUCCAAAUACACCAUUAAUUAGUACAGAACCCCAAAGUCAGUCUGAAGAAACCCAAGGUACUGAUCCUAGUGAGCAGCAAGACUCAGUACAACUUAGAAGAAGUCAGAGAGUGAAAACACUCACAGAAAAGGGAAGAGAAAUGCAGGAUGAGAAGAUUAAAGGACUCCAGCAAAGAUUUAACUACAACUACGAAAAGUGGAGAACACAUGCAAAGGCAUCCAAAGUACCCCUCUCUCAACCAGGACCCUCAAAUAAAGACAUUCUUGAAGAUAUAACUGGUGAUAUUAGAGGUCUUUGUGCAGAUGUCACAAAGGUUUAUGAUGAGUUACGCAAGCUCACCCCACCGGAUCAAGAGACACGUCGCAGAGCAGAUCUGUGUGUGGAGAUCUCAGGUUUCCUUGUGAAUAAAGCAACUUGCCGAUUGGAAGGAAGAGAGGAACAAGAUUGGCCGGAAGCAGGCUCCCUCUUUCAAACUACGAGCAGUAAGUCAAGCUCCUUCAACAUAACUAAGAACUCAUCUGAGCAUUCACAUAGAUCCUCUGUAAAACAUCAAGAAGCUGCCGCAGAAGCAGCAGCGAGUCAAGCUGUUCUAAAAAUAUUAGAAGAACAACAAAUGGAACAGCAAGAGAUAGAAAGACUAGAAGUUGAAGUCAGGAAAAGAGCAGUGGAACAAGAAACACUAAUUAGACAAAAGUGCUUAGAAAGAGAGGCUGAAGAAAUUAGAAAGCGCUUAGAAAGAGAGGCUGAAGAAAUUAGCCUAAGAAUGCAGAGAGAAGCAGAUGAAGCAAAGUUUAAGGCUCAACAAGAAGAAGAGUAUGCAGCUCUGCAGAGAACACUUGAUGAAAAGAAAAGAAAGGUACAGCACCUGGAAAAGGUCAAAGAUCUCAAGGCAGCACAAGCAAGGAUGCAGGUUUAUGACCAAAUGAGUGUAGCAGAAGUGCAAAGGGUCGAUGUAACAAAGAUUAAUACAGAAAUUAGAGACGUUGAACAUGUAAGCUUUCCAUCUCUGCUUGAACAAGUCUCACCCCAAGCUGCAGGCACUCCUAAAGGUGAUGGUACAUCAGAUUUAGUUAAAGUGCUAGCAAGUGCACUAAGUACUAGUCGUAUCCCUGUUCCGGAACCUACUGUGUUUUCUGGGGAUCCCUUAAGUUACAGUGACUGGAAACUGUCAUUCCAAACACUGAUAGACCAAAAGAAUAUCCCUAACAAGGAGAAGAUAUUACUUCUCUGGACAACAGUAAAGGACGUCACCCCUUCGAACGUUAUCAAAGCACUUGAAGGAGACUUCUCUGAAAGAGCCCUUGAUGGCAACCCUGUGCCACAUGAAGAACCUGAAGAGGAGAAAGAUAUCAAAAGGUCUCUCAGGAAAAAGACAGCGCACCUGAAACCAACCAGACUCCAAAAAGACCUCAUGAAACCAUCCCAGAAGGUCCAUGAGGAGCCGAAACCCUCUGAGGACCAGGAAAAAAGGAAACCUCCCAAGGAAGUGUUGGAGAUCCCUCAGAAAAAACAAGUUGACGAAUCUUUGGGAGAAGACAAAGUCAUCAAGACACCCCUGAGAAAAGAGAGAAAGUUUCUGAAACCAAGAGAAGACAAAGACAUCCAGAAACCUUCUCAAGAAGAUGAAAGUAAACCUUCUGAGAUGAAAGAGGAGAAGAAACCUCCCAAGGAGGAAAAACCUGCACCGAAAGCGGAUGUUUCCAAGAAACCUUUCAGGUUCCUGAGAGUCACCAAAAAGCAAACAGCGCCAGUUCUCAAAAAAGAACACGUCAACGUGACAAAAGAAAAAGUUCCCAAGGUGAAAGCCAAACCAGAACCUUUAGGGAAAGAAAAUGAAGUGAAAAAACCUCAGAAAGAAGUCAAGAAAGAAGACACAGAGGUCAAAGUAACUUCAAAGGAAGUCACAAAGCCGCAGAAACAAGACAAGGAGGUCAAAGUACCUCCUAAGGAAGCCAAGAAACCUCCAAAGAAACUCAAAGAACUUCCAAGCCACGAGAAGGAAGUCAGGAAACCAAAGAAAGAAGAGAAGUCGGUCAAAGAAGUGACUAAGGAUGAGUUGAAAGUAAAAGAGGACAAGGGUGUCCUUAGCAAACCUCCUAAAGAACAAAAGCUUGAAGAAGCUGAAAAACCAACCAGCGAGAAGCUUCCCAGAAAAAUAAGAACCAUCAAAGAAGCGCAAGAGAAACCACCGAAGGAAGGCAAAGAAGACAAGAGGCGUCCUCGGGAAGAUGUCGACAAAGCUCUCAAAAGGGAACGUCUCAAAGAAGUUGAGAAACCCAUCAAAGAAGCAAACAUGUCUUCAGUGGUCCUUCAAGAAACUAAGAAACCACUUGAAGGUGGUUCCGAAGUCAAAGACAAGAGAACGUCUUUAAAAAGAUUUUUCAAAAUCCAUAAAGAAGUCCCAGAAGCAAAGAAAGUUACCAAAGAUGAGAAAGAAGGCAAAACACCUCCUUAAAAGGUGCUGUUCUUCAGGAGAACUUCCAAAGAAGCUCUCAAAAAGACACACAGAGAACUUAAAAAUGAAACUGAAGUCAAAAAGCCUCCUGAAGAGGAAAAGGAAAUCAAGAAACAUCUUAAAGAGGAUCUUCAGAAACAAGAAACACGAGAUUCCAAGACAACCAUUACAAAGACAGAAGUGGACUGCACACAGAAGGAAUCUGAAGGUAAAUGAUGUAGUGCUUCUAAAAGAGGACAUGGCACCACGUAAUGAAUGGAAGCUAGCCAAAGUCACUGAUGUCUAUCCAGGAACCGACAACAAAGUGAGAAAGGUUCGACUUUUGGUUAGUGAAAGGACACAUGACAAACACAGUAAACUUGUGACUAAAACAGUCUCAUUAGAACGACCUAUUCAUAAAGUUAUUGUUUUGCUAGAAGCUGACUAAGGGCUUGUGUGUAUUUUCAUGUUCAGUUUGUCAGCCUGAAUGUAAUUCAUAGGAAUCCCACAGCAAGAGUUGUGAGAUUGGUGGGAGUGUUACUGCUAUAUUUCGUUUCUUUUCAUUUUCUGUGUAUUUUCAUUAUUAUUACCGUUGAGUGCCACCAGAGGGCGCUAUAGUGUAAGUGAGCUUUGUAAGAAGAAGUAGAGGUUAAUUUCCUCGGAAGAAGCGAUCUCUCGAGAGAUCGAAAGAUGCGUGACUGAAGCGUGGUCACAAAGCUAAGUUGUUAAGAAAGAUAAGAAACAAUAAGAAGAAGAAGACGACUGAAACUAAUUCCUCUCUCGGUACUCAGCCAACGAGGUAUUGUUUGUAUGUUGUAUUUGUCAGAAUCGUUUUAUGUGUUAAAUGUCUUUCUUUUGAGCUAAUUGUUUGUUUUGUGCUUUUAGUUUUCACGGUGUGUUUAUGAGUCUGAACAAGCUGGAUUCAAUAAAUUCAUCAGUUGAGAAAGCCA